CCACCGCCGCGCCCUUCUCCUCUCCUCCCCGUUCCGUCCCAACUCCCAAGCCUCCAUUCCGUUCCGUCCAAGCCUUGCUCCCGGAAUCUCUCCCUCUCGCUGGGUCGUGGGCCCGAGCUCACGCGCACCGCGCCUCCGCGGGCGCGAGCGGCCGCGCCUCACGCUCCCUACAAAUACCCCGCCGCCGCCCUCUCUUCCUCUUCUCCUUUCCCAUCCUCCAGGGUCCAGGGCUCCAGGCUUCAGCACAAGGCCGCCGCGGGGCCACAGGAGGGACGUGGGCCACCGGAGGGAGCGCGACCUCGCCAAGCCGGAGCCGGGUUGCGCGGCUACGGCCUCGGCGACGAGACCUGCAUCGCGCCACCCUGAUCUCCUUCCGCCCCAAGCUCUUCGAUGGCAUCCGAGGCAAGUUUCCCACUGCUGGAGGGACAUGAUGGGUCGUCGGCAGUCACCCAGCUCCUGAGGAAAGUGCUCAACCCCAAGCUCUGGGGCAAGGUGGCAGGGUGCCUUGUCCUACUGCUCCUGUCUGUGGGUGUUAUUUGCUCCACACUCCUCUUGGCGUCCCCAUCCAGUGAUUCUGUCUGCGUCAACAUGGACGGCCCUAACUUCAUCAAGAAGUGCCUCCUACUCAUUCCAAUCUUCGUGAUCGUACCUGUUCUUUGCACGUCAGGCCUUAUCAGAGAGGAGAUGGGGUCAGAGGCAGGAGCUCUCUUCCUUGUGGAGGCCAUCUCCGGGGUGAUGCUGAUGGAGUGGUUAAGUAUUUGUAUGUGUGGUGCGUCGGCAUGGUGGGUGCUCAGCACUGGAGCUGUGCUGGUUGUAGCUCUCGGGACGUGGGCAUACGUGACUCGAUCGGCGGCUCUUGUCGAAGCCUGAGGUUGGCUAGUUAGCAGUGCUUUAGAGAGCUUAUAUCUUCUUCUAGGUACUAUCCGGCCGGCAUGUGGCUAGGAUGUUCUUGGUGGCAGACUUACGAGAGCGGACAACUAUGGCGUCCAUGACGUGUAUACGGUGAUGUAAAAUGGUAGUCAUGUCAGUAACUGGCAACUCCCAACUCUGGCUGUAUUUUGACUUCGUGCUACCAUUUUGCUUCUGAAUACAAGUCAAACCCUUUGGUGA